AUGUCGAAAUUACUAACACUCCGCCGUCCUACGACAAUAUCAAAAUUAAUUCAAGAAUUACCAGAACAGGCCGAAUCUCGAACACUCGAAAACAUUCCACAAUGGAGCGAUACGCCACCGUUUGGAAAACUUCCCGAUCGCCAAUGUCCCGUGCACUCAACGAACCUUUCCAGGGGCACUCUCGGACAACCAAUUGGACGAUUUGCUGGAAGCCACGGAUUCGAUAGGCAAGAUCCCAUGCUUCAGAUCGCUCGCGUUGAUUAUCAUCUUCUGCACGAUAAGCAUUUACUGAAAUUUUUCACACCUGCUAGGAAGAAGGACAAUGAAAGAAAAGAUGUGCAUCAUUGGCAUAGAGUCGAAAAUUAUCUAAAUGAAAACGAGGACUACAACGAAAAGUUAAUGGUCAGAAUUGAACGAUCCAAAAACAUAUUUUUAGAUAAACUUAAUCGGUGGAAAGAUGCUCUGGAAAAAUAUCAUCAACGGACAAAAAUUAUUACAACUGAACGAAAUUGCGAAAAACAACAGCGAAUAUCUGAAGGGCAUCGACGAGAUCUGCUGAACAAUAUACGGCUUCAGGAGUUGUUAGCCAAUCGCAGAAGACAUCAGCUGAUACUAAAGAGGCGGCUCCGUGAACGAGAUGAUUUGUUGAAACAACGUAUCAUCACAAACAAACGGCGCAACGCAGAGUUAAGAUUAACGAGGCGUCAGGAACAUUUUCGUGUACAUUACAUGGCAUACAUACGUGAACGCAACGAAGCCAGGGAGAUGUUAGAACAUUGGCUCACCGAAACGGAGAUGAAAAUUCUUGAACGCAAAGAAAUGUAUAGACGUCAACAUACGAAACUUGAAGAGGAAAUGGUUCGUAGAAAGACUGGGAACCUUACUAGAAGAUAUCAAAGGCGCAGUAAGAAAGCUCUUAUGCAAGCUCUCUUGCAUGAAUACAAGAAGCCAACCUCUGAUAGUACAGCUUCCGAGGCGAAACAAACUAUCGAACGGGCGAUCAAUGCAGCAUACACCAUCCACGCAACCCUAAGCCAUACCACCAGCAGCAUGAUGAUCAUUGACACAGCAAGGCAAUUCAUUGCCGAUCUACAGGACAAUCCUAUUGAACCUUUACCACUGGACAAACAAACCGUAAGAUAUGUAGUCGAUCGGCUACAUGAGCAGAUGGAACUUAUACUGCAGGAAACGGUAAAGCAGGCGUUGAAACUGAUCGAGCAAGUGGUGAGCAGAAAGUUAGAGCGCAUCGACGGGUUGUACCACUUUCGAUCUUCACUAUCGUACAAAUCGUGUGAUGAGCAGGAAACCACGUGUUCCAGACGCUUAAGAAAGAUUCUCUCGAGAGUGUCACUAGGUCCCGUUUCAAUUCUGGAGGAGUAUGAAACGGACAGCUUUUCAUUCAAGAAAUGUAAAAACCGACCUCCAACACCUGUGACAUCCGUAACAUCCAUGGUCAAGUGUACCAUGCUUCAGACGGAACAAGAACGAUCAAGUACAACCAGACUAGAAAUGUCGCCCGAGUCGGCGAUUAGCCAGCGCAUCCAUUCCGAAGAUUAUCCACUGAUUCACAUCAUGUACAGCCAGCGCCGCUAUUUGGAAAACAAUUUGCUAAAAUACCGCAUGAUUGUACAACUAUUUAUAGAGCAGCGCAUUUUGACCUGCGUGCCGGAUCUAGCGCGGUUUGCGGUUGCUAAGAAAGUACCACCCGGAUUCGAUAAGGAUAAAUUGCUGCAUCGGACCGCAACCGCGAUAUUAAAGUUCCCGGAAAGUGCUCAAGAUUAUGCCAGUGCGCUACUUGCUUCAGUGGAGCAUCUUUCAAUUGUGGCAAUGCAAGAAAUAUACAAAAUUUUGAAUGAAACAUAAAC